CAUGCUUUUAGGAAUCAGAACUGAUCAGAUCAAGUGUAGCUUGUUAGUCGUUGUUGACCACGUGCCACAAGACGUCGAACAUAAGAGUGACCUUGGGCUACUGAUGACGACCACCUGGCUGAAUAAAAGGCUGCUCAAAAGCACAGCUGAAAUGCAAGAGCUGCAUUCCUUCUCUUGUCCAGUGGCAUAUUAUUCUCUACCCUGUCUCCAUUCAUAGUACGUUAUAUGAAUGGCUGCUGUCGUUCAACCACUUGUGCGGGCCAUUGGCAUAGCGAGCAAUGGAGCUCUCAAUCCCGUGCUUUCUGGCUCCGCUCUUGCGUUCAUCACUUACGGGCCUCCGCAUCUUGUAUCCAAGAUAACCGACCUUGAUUUCAUCAGACGUUGGGUCGAUAUCGUGGGUUUGAAGACGGUCUUGAAGAUAUUGCUCACUAUUGGAGUCGGCAAGUUUCUGAACCGGUUCCAAAACCGUCGCGCGACAAAUGGCUGGAAGUUCUUUGGCAGUGGAAAAUGGGAUUGGCCACAGGAAAUUGCAGUAGUGACCGGAGGCUGCAAUGGAAUCGGCAAAGCCAUUGUGCUAGGCCUCGUCCGCAAGGGCAUACGGGUCGCUAUUCUCGACGUUGCGGAUCAAGAUCCAGAGCUCCAGCGUAUCGGCACCGUCUCCUACUGGAAAUGUGACAUCUGUUCACCAUCUGCCGUUGCCGAAGCAGCAGACAGCAUUCGAAAAACCAUUGGCCAUCCCACCAUUUUGAUCAACAAUGCUGGCAUCGCUAAUUCGAGCCCGAUCAUCCAUCUAUCUUCCGAAAAGCUGUCGAAAAUCUUCGGAGUGAAUUUACUCUCACUCUGGUAUACAGCAAGAGAGUUCUUACCCAAUAUGAUCCUCAAGGACAAAGGGCACAUUGUGACAAUCGCGAGCAUGGCCUCUUAUAUCUCGUUGACAACCGCCGUGGACUACUCUGCAUCGAAAGCAGGCGCUUUGGCUUUCUACGAGGGCCUUAGCUCUGAGCUCAAACACAUUUAUAAGGCGCCGGGCGUUAUGAACACGGUAGCUCAUCCUAUGUGGGUUGAGACAAACAUGACAAAGAGUCACCAAGAAUCCAUUGAGCGCUCGAAUGGAGGCCGGAUGAUGAAGCCGGAAGAUGUCGCCAAUGUAGUAGUAAACCAAAUACUCUCCCGUCGUGGCGCGCAGCUCAUCAUUCCUCCGACCUUCAGUUGGCUCUCGGGCGUUCGAGGCUUUCCAAAUUGGUUUCAGGAAAUGAUCAGGGAUGGUAUCGGAAAGUCAGUGUAGUAUCCAUUGGGGAAAGGGAACCUAUUCGAAUGAUAGUAUCUUUUAAGGGCAAGUCUGAACGCCUGUAGUAAUGUCUCCGAUCCGUGAAAGGCGAUGAGUGUCACAUCGUCGUCCUAUUUCGUAUGAACAUCUGUAGUCUCGCGGGCAUUGCUCUU